AUGAUUAAAGGAAAACUGAAAAAAAAAAAGAAUAAUGAAAGUGAUAAACUCGACAAAUGCGAAUUUUCACGUGAAAAACGGAUGGUUGAGGAUAUAGUACCCGCAAAAACAAAUUACAUAGACGCUCAUAAGAUUCGAAUAGCAAUUGAUGCUGUUGAAAAUGCAUUUAUGUAUAUUUUCGAGAUAUCCGCUGUCAGUACAUCAGCAAAUGAAUGGAUUUUUGCUGGUGCAUCAUCACUGCCAGAAAUGGUUUUUGCCAUUCCAGACCCAUGUCGUGACUAUCAGUUCCGCAUAAUCGUAAUUGUAAGGUCACUAGACCCAAGACAUCCUAUUAUUGUGUACCGUCCAAGAGCUAUACCAGUAAAUCUACCAGAAUUCGUAAUCAACGUGGAUGAGGUGGUAACGGAGGAAAUGACUUUCAAUGAUGUGGAAAAGAAUAUCGUAGUAUACGUAAAAUGGAAAAUUCCACGAGGUUAUAAAGACUCGGAUAUCUAUGGUUAUGAGAGCCCCGCCGUUUAUCCAAUUCAAUGUCAUUCACCUGAAGAUGAAUUGCCAACGCCAUCAAUUGAAAUGUUUAGUGGAGGUGGUCGAAUGAGAAUAUCACUACCUGCAGAAAUUCUUAAGGAAAAAUGCCGUUUGUGGGUGGAAGUACGAAUACUUCCAAAGUGCCUUAGAUUAGAGCCGUUCAGCAUACAACAAUCAGUUGAACUGGACUGUGAUAAAUUCAGAUCGAAUAUUAUCGAUGUAUGGGGAGCUAACGGAAACGCUACCGUUAUGUGGAAAAGUGUUAAUGGUUUUGGUAAACCCAUCUAUUAUCAUAUACGAUAUGGACCAGCGAAUAUGCAAGGCACACCACCACUUGUCUCAUGGAAGAUUUCAUCAUUAAAAGAAGAAAAAGCGCCAGGAAAUGUUUCCAUUAUCAAUUUUCUUGUCGAUAAAGACAUCGAAUAUGGUAUUCAAGUAUGUGGAGUAUAUAAUGAACAAAAGCAAAUGCCCAAAUUCGAAUUGGUUCGAGUCACACCAUUUAUUUGUAUAUCGUGUGGAAUAAAUGCAUCCGAAUCAUUUGGGAGUUGCGGUGAAUGUUCAAAAAUAGAAGGUCCUUUAUUAGUUAGUCGUCGAUGUCAUCCAGGAGGCGGGAUCGGUUGCACCACUUCAGUUAAUUCAACAAAAUUCGCUUUUGGUCAUAUAUCUUCAAUAGGUAGUGUAUUGGAAAAAGGGCAUGCGAAUUAUUCAAAGAAUUCAAUUUUUACACCGGCUAAUUCAACCUUGUUCAAACAGCUCAGUGUAAACAUCGCUUCAGUAAGCUCUAAUUCUAGCGUUCAACCGCUUAUUCAAAAGCUAACAUUUCCUUUUGAUAUUUCAUAG